AUGGGCAUCUUCGAGUCCCUCUUGCUAUGGGACAGAGGAUUUCCUGCCCCUCUCCCAGCGCCCACCUCUGUGUUCAAAUCCACAUGCUACUGGAAGAUCUUUGUCCAGAGUCAAGGAAUUGCAACGAUACCAAAUGCCAACUUUAACUGGAACACCUUCCUCCAGCAAUCAGAGAUUGACCAAAGUGCAGACAACCUAUAUGUAUUCCUGGUAAUAUGCGGACUCAGGCCUGUAAAGGAUCCUCUGUACUUGGUAGACGCGUUCUCAGAAUGGCAUCAAGAAGAGCCCAAUGUUUACAUGGUGAUUGUAGGUCCUGAGGUGAGUCCAUGUGCUGUGAAUGCCUACCUGAUGGCUGCUUUUUCCUACUGAUUUUGUUUUCUUAUUUGUGUGUGUGUGUGUGUGUGUGUGUGUUUAUAUGUGUGUAUGCUUGUGUGUGAGUGCAGUUCCUACUGGGACCAGCAGAGGGCAUUGAAUCCCCUAGAUCUGGAUUCAAAGGUGGUUGUCAGGUGCCCAGAAUGGAACUCGGGUUCUCUGUAAGGGCAGUACACACCCUAACUGUGAAAUCAUCUUUCCGGCCUCUCUUCUA